UUCAACAGAUCAGAUGGUCCUAGCCAAGCCCUAAUGGUCUUAGAAUCAAAGAUGAUACAGAGAGUGGCAGGAUAGGAGGGGGGAAGAAGGGGGAGAUAGAAGAUGCCUACUCUCUGGCUCGCCCUCAAGAAAUCUUUGCAUUGCAAGUCUAACCCCUCUGAGGUACAUGAACCAAGGGCAAGGGGUCCUUUUGGUAUUCUCUUGGUGAGGAAGAGGACAUGCAGGUCUAGUUGCUCCAAAUCCAUAGCCAACCUCAAGGAUGUCAUCCAUGGGAGCAGGAGGCAGAUCGAGAGGCAUGCCAGUUGCAGCCCUAGGUCAUUCGGGAGCAAUGAGUUCCUCAAUCCAAUUGCUCAUGAGGUGGUUCUGAGUGACUCCAGGUGUGAGCUCAAGAUAACUGGGUUUGGCAAUUACCAUGAAGGUGGUGGAAGAUCAGAUGGUGGUGGAGGAGGAGGUGAGAUGGGAUCAGCUUAUGUGGGCACCCUAAGGCCUGGGACUCCAGGCCCUAGAGGGAAGAGCAGCACACCUCCGAGGAAGGUAGCUCAUCCCCAUUGGGAGUGCUCUUCGCUCACAGGUGCUUCUGUGCUUGGCAAUGGUGGUGGAGCUAAUGAUGCCUGUGUGGAUGCUAGGUCUUCUUCUACUGGGUCUUCUGCUACAUUCACCUGCCAUAGAUGCGAGGAGCACUUUGGGAAAUGGGAGGGUUUGGAGGCACAUCAUCAGUCCAAGCAUGCAGUCACUGAACUACUGGAAGGUGACUCCUCUCGGAAGAUAGUUGAAAUAAUAUGCAAGGCAAGUUGGUUAAAGUCGGAGAGCACGUGUGGACGGUUAGAACGAGUCUUAAAGGUUCACAACAUGCAAAAUACUCUUACGCAGUUUGAAGAAUACCGUGAACUGGUGAAGGCUAGAGCCAGCAAGCUUCCCAAGAAGCACCCACGAUGCUUGGCUGACGGAAAUGAACUCUUGAGAUUCUAUGCCACAACUGUCUACUGUUCUCUGGGAGUCGGUGGUUCCUCAAAUCUUUGCGAUUCCAGCAAGUGCAACAUUUGCCGCAUCCUGAGAUUUGGAUUCUCCAAGAAGGAAAUGAAGGGAGGCCUGGGGAUGUUCACAACCUCCACUAGUGGGAGAGCAUUGGAAUCCAUUCAGCUACAUGAAGAUCACCCAUCUAUAAGAAAGGCAUUGUUGAUUUGUCGAGUGAUCGCUGGAAGAGUUCACAAGCCUACCGAGAACCUGCAAAAUAUGGCAAGUCAGUUUGGGUUUGAUUCAGUUGCAGGAAAAGUUGGUCCAUAUUCAAGUAUAGAGGAGCUCUACCUUCUCAACACAAGGGCUCUUCUACCCUGUUUUGUGGUAAUUUGUAAACCAUGAAAAAACACUUUCAAAUUUAACCAAGCACUUUGCAAUCAAUGAAACACAAUUGUUUUAGAACGUUGAAUUUGUUUUGGCUAUGCCAAAUGCAUUUACAUAAGAACAGUUCCAAUA